UGUAUACCUCUUGCAGUGACCGUGAUACGGUUGACAUGUCAAACGAGAGCAAGUAUAAAAAGGGCCCAGGUGUUCUUCAACUAUCCUUCAGUCUCGUUUCCACUACUGCUCAACCAUGAAGAUUUGGCUUUUCGCUGUCGUUUUGGCCUUCGCCGUAGCUGCCGCAUCAGCAGCAGCCGUAUCAGAAGUGGCUGCCGGAAAAUAUCUUGCCAAAGAUAAAACCGAUGUCGAUGUAGCUGUCACUGACGUCCCUGAAGCUGAAGCUGAUGUUGAUGCUGAAGCUGAAGCCAAGGUUGAAACUGAAGGAGAAGAAGAAUCCGAGACCGAAGGCAAAGAAGAAGAGAAAGAAGAAGGAGGUUCUAACGAGUCUUCAUCCGAAGAAAACGAAGAAGAAGAAAAAGAAGAGGAGGAAAGCAGCACCAAUCAUCAAGCUGAUGAAGAAGUCACAACAGUUAAAGUGCUGGACUCCGUCCCCGUCGUUUACAGCACAACCGAGGCCUACGUCAAGCCCACUUACGUUCCGACAGCAGCGGCCUACAUCAAAUCGAAUUACAUCCAGAUUCCAGGGCCGGUCUACAAGCCAGCAGUCACCACUGAAGCCCCAAAACCCGCGGUAACAUACAAUGUCGUCAAGACUGAAAUCUCCGCUCCCGCAGUCGUUGAAACGGUUGAAACACCCAAAACCGAGUCGAAAUACGUUAAACCAGUCGUAGCGGUUGUAGUAGAAACGACGACAAAGUACUCGCCCAUCGUUUUCGAAAAGACCUCGUCUGCCCCAGUUGUCACUGUGAGAAAAUCCGGUUGGGUCCGUGCACCUGGAUACAAUCUCGGAUACGCCAGGUCGGAGAACAGCGAUCCGGCUGUAGUUGAAACGCCCAGAACUUCUGCCACUUAUUCCAGAAGCGAACCCUUGGCCACCGCUAAAACAGUGGUCACUCCCCUGGCUUAUCGCCAAUGGUUCUACAAACCGCAGUAAACUAUAUAAAUGAUUGCCCAACGGUCGUUUAAAAAACAAACAAUUCAUCGUAGGAAAAUUUCUAGCGUGUUCGCAUUGUUAAUCCUAUUAUUGUAUACAAACCUUGUUCAGGCAUUUAUAUAGCCGCAAUGGUGUGUUACAUAACAUGUGACACAUGCGCUUGCAUUUACAAACAACUCACAUUUUUACUGUAAUUUAUAUAAUCACGCUCACGCUAUAUAUUGAUACACCUAUCCAUUUUCA